AUGAAUGAUUCAUAUAAAAUUCGCGACUUGAAUAAAUUUCGAUUGAGCGAAGAAAGAAUAAUUGAAAAAUUCACAAGAGAUCGAAAUGAAAUACUCCUGAAUGAAUCUCCUGAUACACACCUACCCGUGGAGGUUGAGAGGAAUAGAGAACCACAUCGUUCGAGUGAUGAAUGUUUACCUUUAAUGAACAUUGUGAAAACCGGAUGUGAUAAUCAUCGUGAAGAAAAUGACAUAUCCACAUCCACAAAAGAUUUUUUUGUUGAAAGCUUAUUAUACAAAAUAAGGAAUUUAGAGAAUGAAAAAAAAUACUUACUAAAAUUCUUAGAAAAAAAAAAAAAGAGAGAGAUUGAGUACAAAAAGGCGUUGGAAGCUCAGGCAGCAUUUGUCAACUCAGAGAGUAAAAAAUAUAAAUUUUAUGAAGACGAAUGGUUGCACAUGAAAUCCCUCGAAUAUUUCUUCAUAAAUUCUGGAGAAGAGCCCUUGAGACAUAAAUUAGAAUUAUUUUAUGAAGAUACGAAUUUAUACGAAAAACUGGGGAGUCUUACAGGAGUCCAAGAAAUGUUCAUAGAGACGCUAAUAGAGGAUCAUAGAAAUUUAAUAAAAGAAAAACGUUCUAUUUCAAAAAAGUAUCAUGAAGCAGUGGAUGCAAACUUUCAACUGUAUCAACAAAACGAAAUGCUCAAGGCUCAAAAUAUAAGCCUCUUAGAGAAAAGCAAAGACAUAAUAAACGAGGAACUACAAAACAAAUUGGAAGCGCUCAACUUGUCCCUUAUAUAUGUUCAAAAGGAAAAUCUUCAUUUGAAAGAAGUGCUUGACCAAUAUUCCAGGCUGAUAACUAACAUAAAGAUUUGUCCGGCAGCUAAUUUUCUUGAGGAAGAACUGGACAAGUUUAAAACCUAUUUGUUAAUUUAA